CCCAGACUUAACGUCAAGGCCACGGGAAAUUCACACGCCGGAAGGUAGGCAGAAGCAGAAUACUGUAAUCACACUUCUACUAUACUGGCUUCUAUUCGGCGACCUACAGGAGUACAGGGUAUGGGAGUGUCUCGCCAGUCAUCCGACCGACAGAAUCCACCGAGUCUUACGCCCCUGUUCGAGCAGCAACUUAACCAUUACCUCGCCCCGUUCUCCGCGGCUAAGUAUAGAGGCGUGUCUCUACUAUGGCAGCGAUUAUCCCCGCCUUUAUCCAGCAUCUCGUCCCUCGUCCUGCAGUCCGAUCCGGAUAAAGCGAGCCCAGCGCGAGAGGAGGGUUGUCAAGGAAUACUGCGAGUAUUAGUUAUUAUAACCGUGAUGCUGAUAAUUGAAGGAGAUCCAGGAGACGUAAAAUAUAUUGCUAGUAAUAUACCCUUCACGAAUCUCGAUUACUUGAUGGAUGGAACUUACCAGCUCAGGGGCCUUGUCGUUCUUUUAACGCAGGAUGAUCUCUCGGUGGUGCCGAAUAACUUUGUUAAAGUUAAAGGGGGACGGAUCGCUGUCAGUGGCAUCUCGGCAAGUGUUCGUCCAGUCUUUUGGGGCUCCCAAGCUCGUCGAUAAUAAUAAAGCUUAAAUGCUCUUAUCGGUAUACUAUGGUGCCAAUUGAAGAUGUUUGCCUAUUAUCCUAUACAGCUAUCUGUACCUAGAGCGCAACCCCAAUAUAUCAGUGCAUCUCGUAUAAGCGGGGUUAUCUUGGGAUCGGGGCCGACGCAAUUUGCAGGAACUGUCGUCGUCCUAUAUCGUUUGACGGUCGCUUGUAUUCUGUAGACGGUAUGUUCGGUGUAAGGAAUAGAUUCGGCAAUUUCGUCGAUCGGGUCUCCACGUAGUAGCAUAUUACGGAUUUGCUCUUGCUUUUCGGGGGAGAGUCGCGGAGCUAUUAUAUGCUGCGAGCAGUAAUGAGCCGCUUCUGGCUUCUGAGAUGAGUG